ACUUCCUCGUCACUCGGUCUCCUACCGCUUGUCUCCUCUCUCCCACGUCCCCUUCCCCUGUGUCCUGUUUUCCGUCUUCUCUCUCUCCCUGAAGACCCAACAAGAAAGCCAUGAUUUUGCGAGCUUCUACCGCUUUAGCCUUUUGCUCCUCAUCCUCCGAGGCGUCUCCGGCCGCCGCCCUCGGCGUCCUCGCCGGUUCUUAUCCCAGCUCUGUUCUGAGGUUUCCGAGUGGAAGGCGGAAUGGGUCGGUGGUGGCCAUGGCCGCCGGCGAUGCCAACCCUCGGUCUAUCACCGGUGUGGUUUUCGAGCCUUUUGAGGAGCUGAAGCAGGAACUGGCCCUCGUGCCCACCAUGCCCGACCAGUCCCUCGCCCGUCAGAAGUACUCCAACGAGUGCGAGGCCGCGCUCAACGAGCAGAUCAAUGUUGAAUACAAUAUUUCUUAUGUCUAUCAUGCAAUGUUUGCAUACUUUGACCGCGACAACGUUGCUCUAAGAGGCCUCGCCAAGUUUUUCAAGGAGUCGAGUGAUGAAGAACGUGAGCAUGCGGAGAAGCUAAUGGAGUACCAGAAUAAGCGUGGAGGUAGAGUGAAGCUCCAGUCAAUUUUGAUGCCAUUCAGUGAGUUUGAUCACCCUGAGAAAGGAGAUGCAUUGUAUGCAAUGGAGCUUGUGUUGUCUCUUGAGAAGUUGACCAAUGAGAAGCUUCUUAAUUUACAUAGUGUAGCAUUACGGUGCAACGAUGUUCAGAUGGUGGACUUCAUUGAGAGCCAGUUUUUGGGCGAGCAGGUAGAAAGCAUAAAGAAGAUUUCUGAAUAUGUUGCUCAGCUUAGAAGGGUGGGCAAAGGGCACGGAACUUGGCAUUUUGAUCAGAUGCUUCUCCAUCAAGAAGAAGAAGAGGUUCUAGCUGCUUGAGGAAUCAGGAAAGUGUUUUUCUGUUUUAGGUUUGAAGAGUUGUUCAGUGCGUUUCUCCUUCCUGUGAAUGCUUAGGUCAGGGGUGUUAAUUAUGCUAUGUACCAGACGUCCUUCACUUAGUUAUUGCAAUAAUGUCAGUGUGAAAUCCAAGUGCAAAUACUACAUCAGAAGAGGAAAUCCAAGUAGAAAUCCAGGGAACAAACGACUCGGCUGAGCAAGGAGCCACGAAGACGAAAUCUUGGAAUAUAGUCUUAGCUGGUGACGCUUAAGAGCAUGUUAUGGGAUCGGUCAUAUUUAUUGUGUCUGAGUAUGAUUUUCCAAAGCAGUUUAAUAGUAAAGGCUCCCAACACCAGAGACAAGGAGACUGCGGCAUUAA